AGAAGUAUGUGAAAUGAUAUCUCAUGAUAUCAUGAUAUCUAUAGCAAUAUUUUAAACUCUACUUGUAUCUUAUCAGUUAAUUAGUUACAGCAAUUAAUUUAACUCUUCUCUGGUUCUGGCAGAAACAGUUCUUUCUGAAAUGUGUUGGGACACUUGGAUGUAUCCCUUUUAGUAUGAUAAUUAGCCUGUUAGCAUUAGCCAGACAGUAUUGUGUGACUUGUUGAACUGGUUUACCUGCAUGUGUGGGUGUAGGUAUUCCUUUUAUUAUGAUAAUAGGCGAAGCCAGAAAUGGCUGGAGUCUGUAUGUAUUGGGAGACCGACACACACGGUACCCCCCUGUUUCUGAUGUGAUGGCACGCAAAAGAUUCCAAUAUCUGUUGAUAUCAUUACAUUUUGUAAACAACUUGACAGUGUCAGAGAUGGAAAAGAAAGAAAAACUCUGGAAACUCAGACCCUGGCUUGAUACAUUCAGAGAGAAAUGCCUGCAGGUGGUACCAGAAGAACGCAACUCUGUGGAUGAGAUGAUGAUUGCUUUCAAGGGGAAAUUCAGCAGCAUCAAGCAAUACAUGCGAGGCAAGCCACACCCAUGGGGGUUCAAAGUGUGGGUGAGAACUAGAGUCUCUGGAAUGAUCUGUGACUUUGAUGUGUACCAAGGCAGUGUCAAUGGGAUACGAGCCAAGUCUGAACUUGGAUUGUCGGGUGAUGUUGUGAUGAAGCUUGCCUCCAUGCUUCCAGAAGGUCAGAACUACAAGAUCUACGCAGAAAACUACUACCCGUGUCCCAUUGGUAGUGAAGCUCCUUGAUAAGGGGAUUCAUUAUGUGGGAACAGCCAGGCAGUACGCUUACCCAACUGUAACCUUGAAGAGGAGAAGAGCUUGAAGAAAAAAGGGAGAGGAAGCUUUGACAUCCGAGUGGAGACCAACCACAACAUCUGUGCUGUCAAAUGGUAUGACAGCAGAGCGGUCAUCCUUUGCUGGACCACACCCUGUGCAGAACAUUCAACGCUGGGACGAAGCCAACAAAACCUACGUAGAAGUUGAGGCCUUCCAUUGUGGCUACGUACAACAAGUACAUGUAAUGGGAGGUAUGGAUUUGUUGGACUCGUUUACGGCCAAAUAUAAGUUCCCCAUGAAGUCCCGACGCUGGUACGUGUACAUCUUCUGGCACACCAUCAUCCUUGCUGUGAUCAACGCCUGGCUCCUCUACAAGCGGGACUGCAGAGCUCUAAAGAUGGCAAAGCAGGAGAUCCUGAAAAGGAGACUACUUCAGGCAGAUCUAGCAUCCUCUCUCAUCCUGGUGAACACAACUCCCAUGAAAACACCAAAGAGAGGGCGACUAUCUUCAGGCAACGGGAGCCCAGCAGCGACAGUGACAUCAAGGAGCCCGUUGAUUGCUCAGAAGAGACCAUCCUCAGGUGAUGGGAGUCCACCAAACAGGGCCCCAUCCAAGAGAUCACAACCUCCACUGGCUGUACGGAAGGACCUAGUGGCACAUUUUCCAGGGAAGACCAAGAGAGGGUGCUCUAGACACUGCAGUAAAGGGUACACAAACACCCAAUGCACCAAGUAUGACGUCCGUCUGUGCUUUUCUGACGACAGAAACAGGUUUUUGGACUACCAUAUUCAAUGAAUGACUAUUCAUAAAAAAUAUGACUGAUAUGUGAUUAUUAUUCAUGCUAUAUACUGAUAUAGGGCUAAGUAAGCAAUCAAUCCUGCAAAUCAACCCUUAGUUGUUCAAUAUAUUUAUUCAGACAAUGUGAGUAGAAAUACAGGAAUUCUGCUCCCACCUAAGCCCAACGUUGCAAUAUUACAACAUUUCGCUAAAAACGUACCAAAACGUGUGAACACUUUCAUUUCUGCUCCAGAGGCGACCUACAACAACAUCUGAAAGGUCAACAAAAUCAAUUCUAAUGUUUUUCUAUUUUUGGGCUUAAGCAGUACAAGACACGACAAGCAACAUCAUCUAAAGAAAUAUUAACAUCACUUAAGGCAUGAAUGACGUCAAACAUCAAGUACGACUCAAUGGGGUUGUGUACUUUAUAGUUGCAGCGCUGUAUGUAUACUGCUUGAAUUGGUAUGGUCGUAUAUUUUUCUCUUGAUCCAUCUGUCUGUAAGGUUAUGUGUUAUAAUAACCCUUAUACAGCUUUUAUACUGUAUAAGGGUCCAUUAUAAAACAACAAGGGUGACUUUAAUAGGUUUGUAUGAUCAAAUAAUGAUGCCAGACUCAGUGACCUGUACACUUCCUGGAUAUGAACAGCCAACACACCUUCAUCCGACAGUCCCUACGGCUUUUAUGGGCCUUUUCAUUUCAGGGCCAGGGCAAAGUCUGAACCGGUGAAAAACAAUUACGCAGUCUGUCAACAACUGCAUGGCUUGUUCCA